AUGAAUUUUUCCCUUUCAAAGCAAAGUUCAGAAAAACAAUCAUCAUAUACAGACAAGUCAAGAUCUCCUAAUAUAGGAAUGUGUACAGUCAAUUAUAAAUCGAACCUCCCCCUUCAAGUGUCCGCAGUUGAUCAGCUGAGCACUGGUAAGGGGACUCAAUUUUAUGGCCACAAUAGCUACAAAAAUGAACGGGAAUGUUAUAAUAGUACGAAAAUAAACUUACCACCAAUUUCAUCCCUUUUGCCUAAUUUUGAAAAUAAUACACCACCUAACGUAGAUUCAAGGGUUCAAUUCCCUCCACAGCAAGUUUAUCAAAGCAUGAAUGUUGUACCCAUUGUUAAUGAGAUCUACACCCCAAUUUCCAUGAACGCAACAUCUGAUCAAUAUCCUAUCUACUAUACGGAAAGUCAGCAACCAAUACCACAUAGCCAGUCUCCUCAUUUGACCUCCUCUGCUCCCUUGAUGAUGCCAGUCAUGGUCCCAACAGUAUAUAAACCAUUGACACCAUACGACAAAGAACCAAUAACAAUUGCCUCCGAACCUAACUUCACUGCAAUAUCAAUGGCGAGUCACCCAAACGCUGCCUUAGAGCUAUGCCACGAUAGGCCAAAAUCAGUCCCACCUGGGUAUGGCGUACUUCCAACCAUGCAGGAAGCCAGUAACGGCAGAACAAAAAGCGAACCUGGUGCCGUGUUGAACGGUUCAGCAACAUUUUCUGAUUGGAAAACUGACACCCGAAUAUCAUCCACAAAGCUGAGAAAGCAGUGCCCAGUAUGUGGAAAAAUUUGUUCGAGGCCCUCAACGCUGAAGACACAUUACUUAAUUCAUACGGGAGAUACUCCUUUCAAAUGUACUUGGGAGGGUUGCACAAAAUCCUUCAAUGUGAAAAGCAAUAUGCUGAGACAUUUGAAAAGCCAUGAAAGGAAAAGAAACAAAGUCUUAAACACUACAUAG